GGCGGGCUCCCUGCAGGCCCUCGGCCAAUGGCGUGCAGGAGGGGCGGGGCCCGUCAGCUGGGCUCUUCGCCGCCCGGCAGCCGCCUCCUGCCUCCCUCCUUCGCUGCCGCGCGCUCGGUCCCCGGACUGCGAGGAGGACUGGGAAGGCGCGCGCCAAGGCCAGGGCGGGAAGCCUGAGCACAAUGGCUGACAAUGCGAGUAAGUCUUCUAAGCAAAUGAACAGAACACCUCCAAAGUCUCCUGCAGACUCUGCAAAAGAAAAAUCAGCCAAAAGGUUAUCCUGUGAUUCGAACAGUUCUCAUGAAGGAGUCAGUGGGGCUGAGCUAAGUGCUCUUGAAGAGGCUUUCCGGAAAUUUGCCAUCCAUGGAGACACAAGGGCUACAGGAAAAGAGAUGCAUGGGAAAAACUGGUCUAAGUUGUGCAAGGACUGCCACGUGAUCGACGGCAAGAAUGUGACCCUGACAGAUGUUGACAUUGUCUUCAGCAAAAUCAAGGGAAAGUCCAGGACAAUUACUUAUGAUCAGUUUAAGGAAGCCCUUCAGGAACUAUCCAAAAAACGGUUCAAAGAUAAGAGCAACGAAGAAGCAGUACAAGAAAUGUUCAAGCUAAUUGAAGGGAAAGGACCGGUCAUAUCAGGCGUCACGAAAGCCAUUUCAUCUCCAACUGUCUCACGGCUUACAGACACAACGCGUUUCACUGGCUCCCAUAAAGAGAGAUUUGAUCCAAGUGGGAGAGGCAAAGGCAAAGCAGGGCGUGAAGAUCUGGUUGACACGUCUGGCUAUGUGUCUGGGUACAAGCAUGCUGGCACAUACGAUCAUAAAGUUCAAGGAAGCAAAUAAGCUUGGAGAUUGACAGAAAAGCACCUGUAAGGGUGAGCUAGACAAGCCUCACUUCUUUUCAUUCGCUGUAAAUGCCUGAAAAACUCAACUGAUGAUCAGUAUUUGUGAGAUCAGAAACAAGUUUGACAUCUUUUGGGACUCUUACAGUGAUGCCCCACUUCAUUACAUUCCUCGUGCUUUGUGGCAAUGAAAAGGAAGCAGCAAAAAGGUUGAGCUUUUAAGCAAGAAGCCACAUCCAAGGGCUCUCUCUCACCACACCUUGCCCCAGAUUGAUAGCACAUUGCAAACAUUCCUCUCUAUCUAGAUUUUUGUCCUGUUCCUUUGGCUAUAGCAGCAACUCUUUUUCCACUAGAAUAGAUGCUUUAUAGUAAGAAUUGUGUGAUGAUUAUAGCUUUUCUAAGACGCAUCCAGUUGCUAAAUUUGAUUAUUUAUUACUGAACAAUGUCUUAAAAAGAAACAAAUACUCCUGAAGAUAAAAAUCCAACUUCUAAUAAAGGGGAAUAAAAUUUCUGUUUACUUCUUUAAAAAAAUUCAGGGCUUUUUUUGUAAAGGUGCUAUCCUGGAAAAACAAAUAUAUUUAUUGAUUCGUCUCCAGUUGUUAACAAGGGCAAGACUAACCUGGUGUUUUGAAUGAUGUAUUUUCUAUUUAAUAUGUAUUAAAAUGAUAACUGAGCCCUCAAUUCAUCCUUGCUUUCGCAAAGAGAAGUGAGAUGACAGUUCAGUCUUUCCCCCCUCCCAAAUCUUUUGUUUUUGUUUUUGUAACACACAUGAUAUUGAACCUUGAGGUAUCAAAAUAUGAAUACAAGGAGCUACUGAGAAGACUUUGGUUGUAACAGUGAAUCCUAUUGUUAGUUCCAAUUGGAGUAGACCCACUGAAUUAAUGGAAUUCAACUAUGUGUUGAUUGACCAUUCAAAAUGGAUUCAAUUGCUCUACUUUGUUUGGGACCAGACAGUAUGAUUCUGCUAUUAUUAAAUGUGCAGUGCCUCAAACUGGAGUUCAAAAGAGCAUUUAAGGUUAUGUAUUCUUCAGUGUCAUUUUUUUUGCAACUGUCACAAAUGACAUUUUCAUUGAAUUAGUGCCAUGCGUGGGUGAACACUUACUGGGUGUUUGUAUGAAAGGUGGCAGUUUAGCCUACCACAAAGGAUUGACUUGCAUUAAAAUCGUCACCAUAUGGGUUAUUUUCUUCAACAACAUUUAUAUUCAUAGUAUUGUUUAAACAGCUUCUUUUGUCUUCCAUGUGCAAUAUAAAUUAACAAAUUUGGUUCUUCUGUUACUCACUGCAUUGUAAAUUAGACACAAUAUUAUUGUGUUAUUAAUACAAGAAGAAAAUGAAAGUAGAAAAGAUAAAAAAUGGCAUUGUUAUUUUUCCCAAUGAUCUAAUUCUUUGGCUUGUUUAAAUUAAAUGAAUGCAUAAAAUGUGACUUUUAUAUACAGAAGAAAAAAGAAAUUCUCAAUUUAUAUUGCCUAAAAAGGGCAACACAAUAUAGUUCAUAGUGUGAUCUUGAUACGUUAGAUGUUUCUUACUGAAUAAAUAGUACACUAACUAUAUUGAGUUUAUAAUCCAAUAAAAUAAUGGCUCUAGUGUUUAUAUGGAUGUUUGCCAGCAGUUGAGCACUCAGCCUUGUUUUUCUUGGAUAAGAAUUCAGCAUUUCAGCCAUCAUCUUCACCAGCUUCUUUUUAGAAAAACAGAGAUUCACUCACUCUUUUACCACUUUUUACAGCUGACUCUUGAGCAGGUGUAACAUACACAGUAAACCUGGCUGUUCCAGUUUACUUUUCUUAAUCACUAAUGUCUCUCCACACAAAUUAACACCCUGAUAUUGGCUCUUGUCCAGAGACUUACCACAUCUCCAUUGUAGUUGUAGUUAUUAAAAAACAACAACUAUUUCUUCUUACUUAAAAGUGAUUCCAAAAUAAAAAUAUUGUUAAGUGAUGCCUUUAUAGGCAAAAGAAUUUAAUAUUUUUGAAAUGACAGGAUUGAGAAAAGAAGGGUUUCCAGGAACCUUGGUACGGUUGUCCAAACAGUUGGACAGGUGAUUGCCAAGAAAGGGUUUUAUAGUUUAUGUUGCUGAAUUCUGCUCAUCUGCUUCAUUCAAAUAAUCCUAGCCCCCAAAGAGGCAGAUAUUUUCCCACAGCCAGUUUGUCGGCUGCAUGUCAGCCAUGUCAGAGAUCAGUCACAAUUCUUUGGUGUAGAGUAAUAGAGCAGUGAGUUGCUGUGUAUACUUUGGAAACUGGGUGUGAAACCCUUAAAAAUGUAGCAGAAUGUACCAGAAAAUCUCAUGCUAGUAUGCUACUCUGAACUUUAGAAACAGCAACAGAUUUCCGCCUUCAGAUAACGCUAUGAAUGUGGAAGACCCCUCUAUUAUUGUACAGAGAGAUGAAUACAUUACAAUAUCUGGGACAGGCCUCAUUGCUUAUUCUUCCAGAUUCCAUUGUCUUUUGAGGACUGGGGAGUAUACUUUGGUUUGACAACAUUAUGCACUAUUUGCUUUAAUGAAUUGUCUGUAAAUGCUGUUUGAUCAUUAGCAAGAGGAGCAUAUUGUAAGAAGAGUGUUAUUGUUGUCAUCAUGUUGUCUUAGCUGAGCAGGGACAAAGGGUUCCCCACUCAACCAAGACAAACUUUCUGAUAACCACCAAACUCAGCUGCAGGUCUCUCAAUGGAUUUAAGAGCAGACUGGCUUUAUAAAUUACACUACUACCCUGUUGUCUAUGGAUUUGUUAUUCUCUUACCAAUGCUCUAAAAAAUAUUCCUCCCUGGAAGUAUUUGUGGGUCUCUCUAGGUUAGUGGUGUGAAACCUGUUGCCCUCCAGCAGUUUUGGACUUCAGCUCCCUGAAUUCUUGACCAUUGGACAAGCCGUCUGGGGCUUCUGGGAGUUGUACCUGCAGGGUCACAGGUUUGCCACCACUGCUCUAGGUCUUCCAGUGCAAUCCUAUGGCAUGCUUUUGACACAAGUAUAAUCAAAAUAUAGGUUUUGCUAUGAUCCACCAUUUCAGGCACAUUGGGGGCCAUCUUGUAAUGCAGGCAUGGGCAAACUAAGGCCCGUGAGCCAGACGUGGACAGGGGAAGAAGGCACAGAGCGGCUGAGAGCGCUCCAGAGGGCUCCCAGCCGCUGCAUGCUUUACUUGGGCCCUCCUCCCGGCAUAAGGACGGGGUGAGUGGCCCUGUUCUUAUGUUGGGAGGAUAGCCCCAGGAAGGCAUGCGGCAACUGGGAGCCCUCUGGAGCACUCUCAGCCACUACCUGUCGCAUCCUUCUCCCAGCAUAAGGAUGGGGCGAGCCACUUCAUCCUUAUGCCGAGAGCACAGCCUGAGGAUCUGAGAGGAGGAUGGGGGGAGGAUUGGGUAGGAUCAAGGCAGUCACCGCAUGUCUUGCCCUCCUCCCAGCAUAAGGAUGGGGAAAGCAGCCCCAUCCUUAUGCUGGGAGGACAGACCGAGGAUGAUCCAGCCCCACCCGACCCAGCGGGUGCCCUCCUUCCUUCCCAGCCCAGCCUGCCCCAAAACAAAAAACUUUGCCCAUGCCUAUUGUAAUGUAUCCUCUGCUGAUAUGGGGAUUAUACAGUACUUCACUUAUUAGAGUCAUUGAACAUUGAUAUAAUUCCCUUUGCCUGAUUUCCUUGAUAAGAAUACUAUUAAAGAUCCUGCCUUUGCUGAAUGACAUAGUUGCAAUAAGCAAACACAUUUUUGGGCCAAUCUCCCAGUCAGUAGUGGUAAGAGAACACAUGGCGUCCCCAUUUCUCAUCCUAAUCCCCAACCUCACCUGCCCCACAUCCCACAUCUCUUGGCCUUCUUUGUCCCUGGCAUAUAGCAGUCUGAAUCUAGGAACACACUGUCCCUUUGGCUCCCUCAAAAGACAGAAGGGAGAGAAAUGUGAAAAUAUUCUUCAAAUGUGAAUAUGAUAGAUAUUGGUCAUCUAUAGAUUCUUGUUUUGUUUUUUUUUAAAAAAAAAAAAAGACUGAUUUACAGUACUAAUGUUUACAACUUUUUUCAGGUUGAAGAAAUCAUAUUAAGCACACAAUAUUCUUGGCAUGCCAUUAUAGUAGAGUCUCUCUUAUCCAAACUAAACGGGCCGGCAGAACAUUGGAUAAGCGAAAAUGUUGGAUAAUAAGGAGGGAUUAAGGAAAAGCCUAUUAAAUGUCAAAUUACAUUAUGAUUUUACAAAUUAAGUACCAAACAUCAUGUUUUAUAACAAAUCAACAGAAAAUGCAGCUUAAUACAAUAAUGUUAUGUAGUAAUUUUACUGUAUUUACUAAUUUAGCUCCAGAACAUCGCAAUGUAUUGAAAACAUUGACUAUAAAAACAUUGGCUACUAACAAAUAAAGAUAAAAUUGCAUAAAAUGAACUUGCAGUAACAACAUUGUCCGAAGUUAAAUCCGUAAAAAGUUCAGUCCUUGCUGCCUAGAGAAACAGUUGUGGAUCCAGGCAGACUGCAUUGGAUAAUCCAGAAGGUUGGAUAAGUGAGACUUUACUGAAUCUGCAAUAUAACUCAUACCAAGUUAUAAAAACCCAGAAACUAUGUUUAUUAAAAAAAAAUCCCCACAGUGCAUGCUGACAGGAUGCCAUGUAUACAGGUAUUGCUAAUUAUUCACUGUGACCUGGUAAAUAUGGCAUGUGCACAAAAUGCAGUGCAAUAAACAAAUGGGCAGAUAUUUAUGUAAGAAGUUGUGUAUGUAUGCUGAAGCUCUCCUGAGCCUGUUUGUGCCUGUUGGUAUUUUUAAUUGUAUAGUCAUUUAGUUCCUGAAGCCCAACCUCUCUUGGAUUCUACAUGAAAUCCAGUAGGUUCCAGUGUGUACUGGGAUUGUUAUGCUGAACACACUACUGCACUUCCUGAGUGUUUAGUUAACCUGAAAGGGCUAUAUCUGGUUAGCCGAGCAAAACUCAGAGACAGUUCAAGAGGUAAAGCCUUGACAGUUUGAGAAUGACCAAGUAUGUAGUAUCACUCUAUGUUAUUACAUUUACUGUGAAAAAGGAGACAGAGGGUGCUCAUUUACUAUUCAUGGGCUUUCCAGAAGCAUCUGGUUGGACAGUGUGUAAACAGAACAUUAGACAAGAUGAGCCUGAGACAAUAGAGAUGUUAUUAUAGUUUAGAGCAGAGAAUUAUGUGACCUACUAUGUUUCUUUAGUCUACAUGUCCCAGCAGUCCUAGUAGCACAGUGAAAAUGGUGAAAUUGCAGUCUGUUGUCUGAAGGGCCACACAAUCCUCAUCCCUGGUUUAGAUAUAUGAAGCUACCUUAUACUUUGGUCAGUCUCAUUCAGAGCUCUCUUAUCCAAAACAGAGCAAUUCGCUAAGAAACCAAACAAAAAGUCUCACUCCAGUAUAGCUUUUGCUGCUUGAAGAAGGGGCCUAAGGGGGCACUCAAAUUCCACAAGUAUCCCUCCCUUUCUCCAUAGAUUAAAAUGUAAACUACUGUAUUACCAAUUUUGGUGGUAGUAAUAGUAAUGAAAAAAAUGUCACUUUGCUCAUUAUUAUUGAAACUCCAGACUGGUUGUUUGUGGCAAACCCUUUGUUCUAUCGAAAGGUAGGGUCUAGUCUCUGAUCAUGUUUAACUGGAGAUGCCAGAAAUAAACUUGUCCCAAACACUUAUAAAGCAGUUGUUCUACCACUGAUUUCUGGUUUUCUAUGUUUUAAAAAAAAGGGUUCAGUGGUGGGCUGUUUUCACAAAACACAAUUAUACAACAGUUGGCUCUCUAAAUUGACUUUUGUGGAUUUGAUUAUUUGCAGAUUUGAUUAAAAUGUUCUUUCUAGGAAUCUUCUAUCCUCCGUUGUGACACUAUGGUCAAUCUCUGGCAGACGUUGACCUUAGAGGCAUGUUGGGGACCUAGAGAUCCCAUAAAAAGGUGAUAUCUCAGGUUUUCAUUUUUGUGGGGGUCCUGUGGCCCUAACCUCUGAAGGUGGGGGGGGGGCUGCCUAUAUACAAUUACACUGAGAUUCCAAAUCCACUACAACCACUCCAUAAUUAUACUUUCAUUUCUACAACAAUAUUUUAUGGAAACCUAGGAUUAGCAAUUUAGGGAGGGAUAUGUAGAAUUCUUAGCCAUAGAACUUUUCAAGUCUCUCAUCAAACAACAAAUACCAGGCUUCCAUAGGAGACAACCAUGUCAGAAUCAUGGCUUAAGAUUAUUUUAGUUCCAUCAGAUAAAAUAUUUCGGGUAUGAAGAUAUUAUUCUUGUCUCAAUAUUCAGUGAUAUUGGAGGGCUCCCAUAUUUUCUGAGAGAUUGGCAUUUUCUAUUGUCUAGCUCCACUCUCCCAAUACACCAUAAAAUUAACAUUUCAGAUUUCUUUGUAGUCUUAAACUCAUACAAUAGGUUUGGAGAUAGUUUGUGCCUAAGUGCACAAUGUAGUUAGUUACACAUUUGUAGUCACAAAGAACACAUGGCCGUAGGUUGUGUUUACUAGAAGUUAUAUGCUUGUUCUGUUUCCUUUCGCACCAAAGCAACUGACUUGAACUUUACAAUGAAGAGAAAAAUGCAAGCAAUAGUGGUGGUCAUAUACCUUCCCCAUAAUGAUUUAGCUUUUGCAUGAUUACCAUAUAAACUUUUUUUUUCCUUUUUCAUGUUUGGCUCAUAGUGCACACAUUUAAGGUUCAUUGUUAGAUUCCAAAUGUGAUGAUUAGUGUUAAUCUAUGUAAAAGUCAGCAUUUAUACAAGCCUGUAUAAAGCAUAGGCUGGCAAUAAUAGAGUGAAGUGAGAGAAUUCUUGGAUGUGAAUCCCAUGUCUAGUUGGAUCCUAUUGGAUUGAACCUUUUGACUUUCAAUGCCAUUUUUAAUUAACCAGAGUAUGUGGUGUUUUUCCAGCCAUAUUACGUAUAUACUGUAUUAUAUUAUAACUUUUAUCAGGCAAAUAUCCCCUCCCCCCAGUUUGUCUAAAGCAUGUACAUUCCAUCUUGAUCCUAAUAGUGUUAAGGCACAUAGGAACCUCUCAAGAGAAUGUUCAUUUUAUUUUAGGUUAAUCACUGGAAAAUCAAAACCACAAGCAGUAUUAUUAGGGUUAAGUUUGGUAUAAACUAAGGAGCCUGUGAUACUUAUAUUUAUUUUCCAGUAGCAUUGCAGUUUAGUUAGAAUCGGCCAUCCUGCUUCCCACAAAGUGACCACUCUCCUGUAAGUACAUUUGGAAUUGAAACUGAGACAAAUCUUCACAAUCAGAAUGGAAGUGCAUAUUGUGUGUUCGUGUUCCUUUUCAGAUCUAAAUCAUUAUUAUACAUCUCAUUGAGAAGUGUCUUAAAUUGUGUUUAAUUUAAAACUUUAAACACUUGUUAAUAGUAAUACAUCACAGAUUUGAAUAAUUUAAAUUGUGUUCAUGUUAUCACACAGUUUAGUUGACUGUAGAUUGAGUUCUGCAUCAAUAUUACUUUUGUGUAGAUGUGAGAGUAAAGAAUACUACAUUCAAGGCAUUUACCUACAAAAAUCACUGUAAAUGGAAGGCCAUAUCAGUACCAAUAAGAAGUGGUGGAAUUUAGGCUUUUUUUCUCACAUAUAAAAAUUGAUAUUCCUUACCCUCAUUAGGAGAAUUCCCUACCUUAUAACAGUGAUUCCCAAACACUAAUCCUCCAGGUGUUUUGGACUCCAGUUUUCAGAAGCCUCACCUGUCUUGACCAAUAAUAAUAAUAAUAAUAAUAAUAAUAAAACUUUAUUUAUAACCAAUGAUCAGGAAUUUAAGGAGUUGAAAUGCAAAGCACCUGGAAUUCCAGUGUUCGGGAAAAUUUUUCCUUGGAUUGUUGUUGUUAUUCUGACUAUAAGGUUAGAUAGCAAAGCUUAUUUCUGUAAGUGGUAUGUUGACCUAAAGUGCAUCCUCGCUGACACUUUAAACCAAAGGGGGGACCGAAUCAGCUCCACGAAACAUAUAGCUAAUUUGGCAUAACAUGGCCUUGAACAGCAUUAAUAGAAGUUGUUGGAUACUCCAGAGCUUUCCCAAAACCAGCAACUUUGGAAAACAGACAGUUGAUUACACACCAACCCACUUCCCCCAGACUUGGGCAGCUGGGCGACAGGGGAUAGCACCUAUCUUGCCCCAGUUAUCUGUCAUUUGCAAUGUCCACCGAGCAUGAAAAUGGCAUUGUUCAUCACUCGGUGCAUGGAGGCAAUAAGAGAAGGGAUGGGGAGAGGGAGGAACAAUUCCUUCUCUCUCCUCUCUCCCGUCACUUCAUUGCUCUGGGUUGCAUCUCUCCAGGCACCAAAUAGUGCCAUUUUCAUGGCCAGCGGACAUUGCAAACAGCAGAUUGACGUGGGCAAGGUAAGGAUUACAGGUGAAUGGCACCAAAACAAUUCUAUCCCAUUCACCUGUGCAUCUGCCAUGUAGCCACCAGGAUUGUUAAGGAGCAUGGAGUGUAGCCUCUAUCCAGCUCCUGAGUCAACUCAGGGAUGAGCAGCGAUCGUGAUCAAGUGUACCCCACUCCAGAAUAAUUUUGCCAUUUCUGCCCUGUAAGUUGUGUUCCUAGUCUCACUGAUUUCAUUUAGUCUCCUCGAAGUAUGACUAGGUCUCAACACAUUUGUCUCCUGUGCUAGAUACUGUUGGUCCUCUAGCUCUAACAGCAUAAGAACGUAAGUUCCAGACAAAAGGAAUUUAGCUUCUUUUGCUGUUGUCUUCCAGGGUAAGCAAACACAGAGAGAAAUGAGAAUGCAACUUUUGUUUUUAAGAGGGCCAAUCUAUGAAAUUUCUAUGAAGUACUGAGAAAAUUGAUAAAUCCAAAAAUUUGAGGAACAAUUGAAAUGGUUUAGCAGUUUGGUCUCCUGCCUUGAUCAGCUGGCAUGAGGGAAUAACCCAGUGGCAGUAGAUUACUCCUUUAAACCUCCUAAAAAUUGGAAAGCUGUACAAACAAUACCAGUAAUUCUGCUGUUAUGGCAUCCCUGGUAGAUAAUUAUGGAUAAAAGACUACUGUUGUUGCAAACCAAUAUAAUGUCAUGCAAAUACGUGUCAAGUUGCAUAGUGAAAAGUUACUGCUUAGCGUUUUCUUAAUGCUUCAGUUUGGUCAUGGGAAUGUGCUCUGAAUUCUUUCCCUCUACUCACUGAUAGUCAAAAAUGCCUCCAUGCAUCUUAGUGAUUUCUAUGUUUUUGAGGGCAUGUCCCAUACUCCAUUGGAUGUGUAGUUUUCAUACUAAACUCUAGAAUGGAAUAUUCUCUGUAAGCUGCAAUUGUUUAGAAAUUGAAUUUAAAUGGAAGAAAAGCUUUAUAGGUUAUAUAUGUAAAUAAACUCCCCACAAAUCAAAAUUGCUUCUCUAAGAAUCAUCAGAGUUUAAGAAAAUAUUUGGUUCAAAUGAGAGCAGAAAACCACUAUAGAAAAGGAAUUGAAUCCAAACCUAUGUUUAGUGUAAAUCUGCUGCGAUCAAUGUAGAAAGUUAGUUUUCACACAUAGUUUAAGAUCUAUUGAUUUCCCUAGGUCUCCUCUUAACAUACAUAAAUCUGAAGCCAAUCCAUGGUUGAUAGAUUAUAUGGACUGUCUCUAAAUUCCAGUUAAGAUAUUUCUGAGAAAGAAUUUGAUCAAACUGCUGCUCUUGCAUUCCCAUAAAGAGCUGCUCUCAAGACUUAAUUACAUUUGAAAUCUAUUACCAAAACUAUUACCAAAGUCUUUGUAUAUAUAUAAAAAAGAAUAAAUGGGUAGCUGGAAGUAUGAUAGUGGAGAUUUGCAUAGCACAUAAUAUUCCUAAACUGGCAGCUAUUUUUAAAAAAUGUAAUCCAUUAAAGUGGAUUGUUUUAAAGCCCUGUUCAGGUGAGUUUGUAUGCAAUUUAAAUGUGAAAAUUUAAUGUAGAUGCAGUUGAUAAUUGUUGUAAAUGCAAGUCACAAAAUGUUUGUUCCUUCUUCCUCUAUGGUAACAUCACUACAGAUAAAUAUCCACUCCUAAGAUAGACAUUGCUCAUGUGGUAUUUGAACUUCAGGUGUAUGUAAGUCAUUUUAUUAGAUGUUGAAAUAAAAGCAUGUAAACUUCACGUUUUGUCUAUGAAGUUUUUGCUUUCAUAGCCUCAUCUGAAAAGUGCAUUGGGAAUAAACCCCAUGAUGUGUCAACUGUGCACAAAUGUUCCAGUGCAGUGAUUUCCAAACUAUGUUCAAAAGAGUUCCUAAAAAACUCAACAGGGCUUAUUUCAGAGAUAGUUGCGCUGAUAGGUCAUUGCGUUGAGUCCAGACUGACAGUGCAAUCCAAUCACAUUCACUCAAAAGUAACUCUAGCUGCAUUUACUGGGAGGUAUUCCCAGAUAAAUGUGUACAUUGUAACCUUCAAGGAAGGUUCAUUAUAUUGUUCCAUUGAGUUCAGUGUGUUGUGUGAAAUAUAGUCUGGAUCCAACCCAUUGUCCUCCAUUAUCUAUCUCCCUCAUGCAGUAUGUAGCCACAGUAGCAUCUUGGUAAGCUUUGAGUCAGACGUGGCUCAUAUCAAGUUACAAUAGAACACAAGCUUGAGCAAGACCUGCAUGGGCAAAGUAUGGUCCUCCAGCUGUUGCUGGCCUUCCGAUUUUCUUCUUCUCUAGACAGAAAUCCAGGUCCUUGGUAAGAGAUUAUGAGAGUUAUAGUUCAACAACCAGAGGGCCACAUGUUCUCUUUCAAUGUGUAUUGAAAUAUUUUCUAUUGUAUAUAGAUUAUGCUUACUGGCAUUUCCAUACGUCCACAGGUUUUAAGCACAGGAAAGAAAAGUGUGUAUUUAUACUGAAAACUGUUUUUCACUGAUAUUGUGAUCAUGUGUGUCCAUAUUAUUCUUUGUUAAUUUUGUCUUGCCAUGUACACAUUACUUUGAGAAGAUGCUGAGGCACUUUUGGCUUUAUGAAUGCCUUGGCUACCUAAAGAUGUAAUUACAGUAGAGUCUCACUUAUCCAACAUAAACGGGCCGGCAGAAUGUUGGAUAAGUGAAUAUGUUGGAUAAUAAAGAGAGAUUAAGAAAAAGCCUAUUAAACAUCAUAAUAGGUUAUGAUUUUACAAAUUAAGCACCAAAACAUCAUGUUAUACAACAAAUUUGACAGAAAAAGUAGUUCAUUACACAUUCAUGCUAUGUAGUAAUUAUUGUAUUUACGAAUUUAGCACCAAAAUAUCACAAUGCAUUGAAAACAUUGACUACAAAAAUGCGUUGGAUAAUCCAGAAUGUUGGAUAAGUGAGACUCUACUGUACAUCAUGUGGUGGAAUGAGGAGAAAUGUCUUUUAUCCUAAUACUGACACAGAUUCCUCCAGUUCCUUUAUUUUUACAGACAGUUAAUUUAAACCCACAAACAGUGAACAGUAGGGUGCUUAUGCAUGCUCAGAAACCUCGUAAGGAGAAAAAUGGUCACGAUAUAGUGCAAAUAGGGUGCUGCUACUACUGCACUCUACAUACUUAUCUAAGGACUAACAUCCAAUGUAUUUGGGCAGAAUUUGUUUUACAAAUUUCCUAUAUUAUUUAGUUUGCCCUUAUUUUACCAGAUUGUGCCUGUUCUACCCACUGGAAUUCUAACAUUGUGAAAAUUAAUACACAAUCUUGGGAGCCGAUCCAGCCUAGACACAGAAUUUCUAAUGUGCACUGCUACAAAUUGUAGAUUUGACUAAAUGACUAAAGAAAAUAAUGUAUGCUUUCAAGGAAAAGCCACUGCGGAUUAUCCUGGCCGAUCUAAUAGGAAAAAGGAAGGUCUGUUCUAAUACUAUGUCUUUAUUUUUCUAUUAAUUUAAACUGCUAGUAUUAACUAUUGACACAAAUUAAUUGAAGGAAACUUGAAAGGUAUUAUAUACUAGUUUGACCUAGGCUUUUUCAGGAAGUGAGUCAAAUUUAUAUAUAUAUGUGUAUGCAUACAUACGUAAAUGCAAUAUAUUUUUACAGUUUAUUAAUGCCAAAACCAUAAUUAGUAUGAAUGUUAUUAUAGUGAAAAGUAUUGUGGGUCUUGAAAUUUUCACAAUAUUUCUUGUUAAUGUCUAAAAGCCACAUUAACUAUGGUAAGCUGCUUUUAUCAAACAAAUAUUCAUAAUGAAUUAGAAAUGUUCACAUUCAGCAGUUAUUCAAAUAGUACUGCAUCAGAAUUGUUCAUUUUAUACUUUGUAUGCCAUUGUUCUAACAAUUCAAUUUUUCUGUAAUGUAAAUUCUGUUGAGUAAAGUUGGUGAAGUACCGUAAAUAAAUAUGUUUAAUAUA